UUGUACACAUAUUUAUCUUUUUGUGGACAUCUGUUUUGCCUGAUGUAGGGGAGGGCCACUCAUAGCAGAGACUUUUUUGAUUUCACACUCCUUGUCCCUGUUCCCCUUUCCACAAUAGCUGCAAUGUAAUGUUUCAGUAGAGCAAGGCUUUGCAAAUUUGGCUCAAUGAGACAUGGAGCAAACAGCUUUUCAGAGAGCUUCAGCUCAGCUGUCAGAAGGGGCAGUUUGGUCUUUGUGCAAGCAGUACUCACAUUCCAAACUGCAUUAGGGAAAAGCUGCUGGGUUUUUAUGCCUUUUUAUUAUCAGUUCCAGAUUAGGAAUCUGAUACUAAUUUUUUCUUAAAGCCAGUGUUCCGAGUACAGCUUAUAUUCUAAAACAAAACCAGGAUUGUGAUGUUUUUCUCUCACUAGCUUGCCCUUUUUUGGUUUGCUUUUUUUUUUCCUCUCCCUGGCUUUACUCCAAGGACCUUUUCUGCUUUUUGCUACACUCUCGAGAUGAAGCACCGGAUGGUUACAGCAGUGCUGGUGGCACUGGUACAGGUUUCACAGAGUUUCCCUGCCUUGUACCACAGAGGCUGGUGGAGGCUGCUGAGGGAAGGCGAUAGUUGUGGAAAAUGUGAUUUGGCACUCUGCUCUGAGCAAAAGGACUGUCCAGCCGGGGCUGUGCUGGAUCGCUGCGGCUGCUGCCCGGAAUGCGCCAACGUGGAAGGUCAGAUCUGCGACUUGGACCAGGGCAAUCAUUUCUAUGGGCAGUGUGGGGAUCACCUCGAGUGCAGGCUGGAUGCUGAUGAAGCAAGGUUUGGGGAAGUCCCUGAACCCCAGUGUGUUUGCAAAUCUCAAGAAAGCAUCUGUGGAUCUGAUGGGAAAACCUAUGAAAACAUCUGUCAGUUCAACAAGGCUUAUGCUGCGAAAAGAAACAUCAGCAUGAAACAUAAAGGGCCAUGUGAAUCAGCUCCUGUUAUUUCUAUGCCACCUCAGGAUGCCCAGAAUUACACUGGCAAUGAUGUCAUUUUUGGCUGUGAGGUGUCAGCCUAUCCUAUGCCACAGCUUGAAUGGAAAAAAAAGGGGAAUAAAAUGUUUCUGCCAGGAGAUGAUACCCACGUCUCCGUUCAGGCAAGAGGUGGGCCUCAGAAGUAUGGUGUGACAGGCUGGCUGCAGAUUCAAGGCCUCAAAAAAUCAGAUGAAGGCAUUUAUAUCUGCCACACCAAAAAUAAGCAUGGUGCAACAUAUGCCUCUGCAAGAUUGAAAGUCAUUGAUGGCCCAUCUCCUGCAUUUGCAUUCACUGCUGGCAGUAGAAGUGCAAGCUACAGCGUUGAAUACGAGGAGUAUUAUGACACCUCUGAUGAGGAAGAUGAUGAAGAGUAUGAAUCCGGGAACUACGAUAAUGAAAACAAUUCUGAAUAAUAAUUUUUAUACAUCUCUUGUCCAAAUCCUUUCACACUGUUAUAUUUACCAGUAGUCUCUGUUCUGUAAAUGGCUCCUGUGAUAACAUGCACACUUAGUUGUGUAUCCACCUUCCUGAAAUGCAGCUUUGGAUGAAGUGUAUCGUGCUACUCACCAGAAGUAAGAACAGUUGUAACACCAUAUAUUUAGACUAUUAAAUAAAAUGCUUCAGCAUGCA